GCGCGGAGCCCGGCUCUCGCAACUCAAGAUGGCGGACGAGAGUGAGACAGCAGUGAAGCCGCCGGCACCUCCGCUGCCGCAGAUGAUGGAAGGGAACGGGAACGGCCAUGAGCACUGCAGCGAUUGCGAGAAUGAGGAGGACAACAGCUACAACCGGGGUGGUUUGAGUCCAGCCAAUGACACUGGAGCCAAAAAGAAGAAAAAGAAACAAAAAAAGAAGAAAGAAAAAGGCAGUGAGACAGAGUCAACCCAGGAUCAGCCUGUGAAGAUGAACUCCUUGCCAGCAGAGAGGAUCCAGGAAAUACAGAAGGCCAUUGAGCUGUUUUCAGUGGGUCAGGGACCUGCCAAAACCAUGGAGGAGGCUAGCAAGCGAAGCUACCAGUUCUGGGAUACGCAGCCCGUCCCCAAGCUGGGUGAAGUAGUGAACACCCAUGGCCCCGUGGAGCCUGACAAGGACAACAUCCGCCAGGAGCCCUACACCCUGCCUCAGGGCUUCACCUGGGAUGCCUUGGACCUGGGUGACCGCGGUGUGCUGAAAGAACUGUACACCCUCCUGAAUGAGAACUACGUGGAAGAUGAUGACAACAUGUUCCGAUUUGAUUAUUCCCCAGAGUUUCUUUUGUGGGCUCUCCGGCCACCCGGCUGGCUCCCCCAGUGGCACUGUGGGGUUCGAGUGGUCUCAAGUCGGAAAUUGGUUGGGUUCAUUAGUGCCAUACCAGCAAACAUCCAUAUCUAUGACACAGAGAAGAAGAUGGUGGAGAUCAACUUCCUGUGUGUCCACAAGAAGCUGCGUUCCAAGAGGGUGGCUCCAGUCCUGAUCCGAGAGAUCACCAGGCGGGUUCACCUGGAGGGCAUCUUCCAGGCUGUUUACACUGCCGGGGUGGUACUACCAAAGCCUGUUGGCACCUGCAGGUAUUGGCAUCGGUCCCUAAACCCACGGAAGCUGAUUGAAGUGAAGUUCUCCCACCUGAGCAGAAAUAUGACCAUGCAGCGCACCAUGAAGCUGUACCGACUGCCAGAGACUCCCAAGACAGCUGGGCUUCGACCAAUGGAAAAAAAGGACAUUCCAGUAGUGCACCAGCUCCUCACCAGGUACUUGAAGCAGUUUCACCUCACGCCAGUCAUGAGCCAGGAGGAGGUGGAGCACUGGUUCUACCCCCAGGAGAACAUCAUCGACACUUUCGUGGUGGAGAACGCAAACGGAGAGGUGACGGAUUUCCUGAGCUUUUAUACGCUGCCCUCCACCAUCAUGAACCAUCCAACCCACAAGAGUCUCAAAGCUGCUUAUUCUUUCUACAAUGUUCACACCCAGACCCCUCUUCUAGACCUCAUGAGCGACGCCCUUGUUCUCGCCAAAAUGAAAGGGUUUGAUGUGUUCAAUGCACUGGAUCUCAUGGAGAACAAAACCUUCCUGGAGAAGCUCAAGUUUGGCAUAGGGGAUGGCAACCUGCAGUAUUACCUUUACAAUUGGAAAUGCCCCAGCAUGGGGGCAGAGAAGGUUGGGCUGGUGCUACAAUAACCAGACACCAGUGACAUUCUGGAUAAAGCCACUGAAAAGUCGAACCAGGAAAUGGAACCCCACCUCUGUUGGUCCAAUUUUCACACAUGUGAGAAUCCCUGGCAAAGGGAGCAGAACUGAACCGGCUUUACCAAACCGCCAGUGAACUUGACAAUUGUAUUGCGAUGGCGUGGGCUGCGUGACGUCAUCUCCGGUUGUGUCUCUGGUCUCCCUGUUUUCCAGUUAAUCACAUCCUCAUGCAGCCGUGAUCAAGGGAAUGUAACUGCUGAAAACUAGCUCGUGAUUGGCAUAUUAUGGAGUUAACGGGUGAAUAAUAAAAGUAUAUAUAUAUUAUAUAUAUAUAAAUAUUUUAAAUAUCUUUCAUGUUUCAAAUGUACAAGGAUGUUUGGUCUUUAAUGAAAAGCUGAAUCCAGAUCAUUCCUCAAAAUUGGGACCCCAGGACAGUGGCAGACCGACACAUCGGUACAGUUCAUUGUUUCCUCCAGAGGAGACAUUGACUUACCUUGGGGAAAAGGAUCUGGAGAACCUCAUCCAGUUCCCUUCUGAAUCAGCUGGGAUGAUUGGCCUUGAGAAGGAAGGGGAGGUGGACCAGGCUCAGAUCUCAUGGGAUGCCACGUGGAGCUCUUGGCUGGGGCUGACCCUGGGCAGGGACUUUCCUGCAGGGCCAGACCUGUCUGCAUUCUGAGACACAGCAAUGGGACGGUCUGUGGAGGCAGAUCUCAUUGAUUGAGUCCCUUCCUCCAUCCCCUUGGCCUGCUCCCGGUAGGUCAUCCUGCCAACUGAUUUAAUAGGGCUCUUUAGCCAGCUGUUGCCAACCUCAUAGGGAUGAGUCCGCUGUGAGAUUCUGCUUUUCCGCUGCCCGGGAUGACUGGCAGUUUGAAGAGGCCCUUGGACCUCCUUACAGCAGCAUCAGGGACCUUUGAGGACCAUGUCAGUGCAAGCCCUGCUUAGCUCAUCUUAGAGCAAAGAGCUAGCACCCUGAUGUUCCGGGGUGGCUGGGCAGGAGUGGUGUGGGGCUGAUACCCAGAUCCCUUCAGCCACCAGCCCCUGGCCUGUGCCUUCCAACCCAUCAGCCAUUUCUUGUGCCCCUUUCCAAGACACAGCCUGCAAGUGGCUCAACGAGUGGUGAACAGAGGCAGAUCUGGACUUGGCAACAGAAAUGGUUUCCCAUCACCAUUGUCUGAGUCUGAUUUUCGCUGAUGCUGUUUUGUGGAUUUUUGUGGUAGUGAUGGUUGUCAGUGCUGCCAGUUUCCCAAAAAGUAAUCGAGCCUCUGGUCACAUGGCUGUUGAUACAGGCAUGCUUCAGUGGUGUUCAGCCAAGUGGCCUGGGCAGAAUUGGGCUGUGGAAUUGUCAGGAAAAGUUACAUCCAGGCUUGGAUGUAACUUUUGCUCUAGAGAGAAGGAAGUGGUGGAGAGGAGGUAGCAUCACCUGUGGCACGCAGGGUCUCCUUGCUGCUGUCACCUCUCCACUCAUGGAAAUGAAGCCUCAGCCAGAAGGCCAGGCACAGCCCUGUGCCACUCACCGAAGCCACUCUGCAGGCCAGCAGGGGCUUGUUUCCAGCCGUGGGUUUUGGUGUGGCUUGUCGGAGGCUAAUUCUGCAGAGUUCCCAAAACCAGAAGACAUCGUAUAUUUGGGAUGGGGACUGUGCCACCCCUGAGAAUGCUGCCUGCUCUCUGCAGAGACUGCUGCUAGAGCCAGCAACUCCACUAUGGUGGAUUUUCAUCAGAGACCUGCAGGGGCCUCCCUUUUCCCAUUGUUCCUGUGCUGCAAACUGCAGGCUCCAGUAAUCAUGACUGACGUUUGACUCCUUGACUCCAAGAUACCGAGACCAAAGAAGCUGCUGUUCUUAGCAAGAUGCGCACUGCGUUCUGCAGACGGGAGGAGUCGGAGAGGCAGGGGCUUGCUUCUCAGCCUCUCAGAUAACAGUUGCCGGCGCCUCAGGCCCCAGAGCAGCUCACCCUGUCCAGACCUUUGGGAUAUCAAAGAACAGAAUGCCCAAGUCUUUCCUACCUUGGGGAAACCUGGGACUUGGAAAGGCUCCCUGUCCUAGUCUUGAUGCAUUCUGGGCCAGGUCCCAGCUUCAGCUGCCUCUGAGAUUUGGGUUGCGCAGAUCUCUGGAGUGAGCUCCGUUUCGGUUGACCCAGGUCAUGGAAUGGAAACGGUGAGGCCCUGGUGGCUGUUCUGGAAGAAAGAAAUCUCCUGGCAAGGCCCCAGCAUCUCCCUCACCAAAACCAGGUGCCCUGCUCCACGGACUCUGCUUUACCUUACGGUGAGGACCCUGCCCAGGUGUGCAGAGGUUGGCUCAAGCUGCUUGCUGCCUCUCAUUUUUUGUCCCAAUAGUCCGUGUGUUCUUCAUUCAACCCCUUCUGGGACUUCAGGCCAGAGAGCUGAGAGAGCACCAUCCCGGAGUCAGGGCCUCCCUGCAGGAGCCCUGCAGUGUGACUGGCUUGAACCAAGCAAAGGCUUCCUGAGGCUUUCACGCUCACCCUCCUUGAGGAGCCACUAUUGGAAGGCCACCACCCUCUGUCACCCAGUCCUUCCAGCUGCCAUGUUUUGAAGAUGACCUUUACCUCCUGCCUUUGGAUUGACUUUGCGUUUGACCACAGACUCCAGCCUGUGUGUAGGGAGAGAGCUGAUAGGAGGCCUGUGCUCCGGCUCGAGGCCUGCACAGCUCGUUUCCUCACACAUGCCUGUUUCUGAAGAGGCUCCUGUCUUAUUUAAAGGCUGGCCUACACUCAGCUACUUGAACACCAGGUUUAUGGAACAUGUCAGGCCUUCCCCACAACUCCCAUCCAACUGCCGUCGCCCCCCUGCUUGCUGGCUCUCGGAAGCCCAGGGGAGUCCCUUUGGUCCUGAACUCUCUCCCCAAGGAUGACUAGCAUUUAACCAACCUAAGGGCCCUAGGGCCUUGGACAGCUGCAUGGAGCUGCAGUCUAGGAGAGGGAGGGGAACCAGAUGUCAGGUCAGGGGAGGGGCAAGAGUGUCCCCCCGACAGUGCCUACCCACCUAUGAGGCAGCCUUUGACGGCCUGGCCCACCUUCCCCAGAACCAGGGGAGGCCUGAGGCUUCAGUUUUGCUCUGCUGCAAAAUGAAGGUGGGUCUGCAAGCCAGCUGCACCCAGGGAGGCUGUUUAGGACAAUUUGAUUCAAUUCAGUUUAAAAAUACUGACUGGCAGGCAGGUGCCAUGUCUGGGAACAGGGAAUGGGGAGCUUCACCUUUUUGUCUUGGCUUUUCUUUGGGCUAAGGAGGGGGGCAUUCAUUUCCAGGGUUGGGGAGGAAAUACCAAAUGCAUUGUUGUUCUGCUCAAUACAUCUCACUUGUUUCUAAUAAAGGAAGCAGCUGAACAAA